AUGGCACGGCUGCUGUCCUUGUGCCGCACUAUGCGGCACCAUCGUUUGUUCGCUCUGAGAAGUCCAAGGACACGAGUGCAUGCCGUGCGGCCAUACUGUUUACCAGCCUCCAAGAGGCCUGAGGCUGACACUCCUGUGGAAGUAGUUACAAGCCUUCUCCAUCGCUUAAAAGAAUCUGGGAAGGUUUUGGGAAGAAGUGCCCUUCAGAGAAUCUCUGCAGCUGCCCAGAACUGGUGGGCUAAAUAUGAGGAGUUUGUUGGACUCAAUGAAGUUCGAGAGGCGCAGGGAAACGUGACAGAGGCUGAGAAAAAGUUUAUGGUAGCUCGAGGGAUUGUACGAGAAGCCCGUGAAACCUGGGAGUCCCAGCAGGUCAAACUGAAGGACAUUCGGGACCGUUUAGACAGAGUCUCACGGGAUGACUCUCAGUACCUGGAGCUGGCGACUCUGGAGCACCGGUUAUUGCAGGAAGAGAAGAGGUACCGAGCCACCUACCUAACUGCCGAGGAAUCUGAGCGAGAAAUGUUCUCUCUCUUCUCUGCCGCUGUGAGGGAAAGCCACGAGAAAGAGCGAACGAGAGCUGAGAAAACAAAGAACUGGUCCAUUAUCGGGUCGGUACUGGGGGCCGUUAUCGGAGUCCUCGGUUCCACGUACGUCAACCGUGUUAGGCUGCAGGAGUUAAAAGCCCUGGUUCUUGAGGCGCAAAAGGGACCAAUAAGCCUUCAGGAAGCUAUCCGAGAACAGGCCUCCAGCCACGACUCCCAGCAGAGGGACCUGAGCGGUCUCAUCGCCAGCCUGAAGAGCAUCCUGAACGUUGUGACUGUAACGUCACAGGAAGCGAAGGAGGGGGCCUCCUCAGCCAAAGGCAGCCCGAGCCCCCCGCUAAAAACAGACCCCCUCUUAGUUUCCAUCAAAGAACAGCUGAGCCACUCCAAACAAAUGAGUUCGUUGCUCGGAGGCCUGCAACAGCAGCUUAGCAACCUGGAAAAGAGUUUCGGGGAAAUGGCUUCCGAGGUGCAGAACAUAAAAAGUGCCACUCUUCCCGCACCUGGGGAAAGAGUAUUACUCAGCCCUUCUGUGGAAGGGAACAGACAGUCCUGGGAGGUACAAGAUGUGGUUCUAGAGCUGUGCAACACAGAGAGGAGACUGGAAGCGCAAAUGAAGAGGAACUCGAUCUACAGCACAGCCUUCACAUGCACAGUCUUUGCUGUUGCGCUUCCUGCCCUCUAUGUACUCCUCAAGGGUAAUUGA